CCUCUUCAAUCAAUGUCGAAUACGAAGCCAGACGAGUCUUACCAACCAUCAGGCACACAUGGUCACGGAUACGAAGACCCUUGAGGGCGCAAACAAGCAGUCCACCAAUCUGAUGUUCAGUUACACUCAAUUCAAGCCGCGCCCUUAAGACGACAUAAGAAAGACCCGCCGCCCCUCCGCGGUCUUCAUCAUCCAUGACUCAGUACCAGAUAUUCUUCACUAUUUAGUCUGGACCACCUCACCACCACCCUACAACCUAUUCUCAAUUCAAGCCUCUCGAUCCAGUCCUCACAAUCAAGCACACAAUACACCAUGACAACCCACUUCCCGCCUCCCCCCGUCAGCUCCAUCGACUGGAACAACGUCGGCUUUAAAGUCCGCGAUGUCAACGGCCACAUCGAAAGCCACUACUCAACCAGCACAUCGACAUGGUCGGCGCCCAAAUUCGUCGCGACCCCGCACCUGAGCAUCCACGGGAUGGCCCCGGGGCUAAACUACGGGCAACAAGCGUACGAAGGGCUGAAAGCAUUCCGACACGCCGGCGAGGGCAACAGCAACGGCAAGAUCACGAUCUUCCGGCCGGAGCGCAACGCAGUGCGGCUGCGGCACUCGGCGGAGUUCAUCUCGAUCCCGCCGGUGCCGGAGGCGCUAUUCGUGGAAGCGGUGCAGCUGGCAGUGGCGGCGAACGCGGAGUUCGUGCCGCCGCACGAGACGGGCGCGGCCAUGUACAUCCGGCCGCUGGUGUUCGGGUCAUCGCCACAGCUGGCGCUGACCGCGCCAGAGGAGUACACAUUCGUGGUGUUCGUGAUGCCGACGGGCGUGUACCACGGCGUCAGUGCUGUGGAUGCGUUGAUCCUGGAGGACUUCGAUCGCAGUGCGCCGGAGGGGACCGGGUCGGCGAAGGUCGGUGGAAACUAUGCGCCUGUGCUGCGGCAUAGCGCUAAGGCGUACCGCGAGGGAUUCGGGAUUACCUUGCACCUCGAUAGUCGGACCCGGUCUGAGGUGGAUGAGUUCUCCACGUCCGCGUUCAUUGGGGUCAAGAAGGCUGCGGAUGGCUCGGUCACCUUGGUGCAGCCUGAUAGUAAGAAUGUUAUUGACUCUGUCACGGCGCAGUCGGUGCUGGAGAUCGGUACCCGACUGCUCGGCUAUAAGGCCGAGCGGCGGCGCGUGCCAUACGAGGAGAUCAAGGAGUUUGACGAGGUGAUUGCCUGUGGAACGGCGGCGGCGCUCGUGCCUAUCCGGAGCAUCACGAUGCGGUCGAGGAACGAUAAGUUUGAGUUCCAGAGCGGCGGGGAGGCGAACAAUGGCGGCGAAGUCUGCGUGAAGCUUCUGCAGACGCUGAAGGGGAUUCAGAACGGGAAGGUCGAGGAUUCCCUUGGCUGGAACUUGACCGUGGAAAGACCGCCGCAGGAAUUGUUCGAGGGUGCGGGCGCGCCUGAAGAGGCCGAGUCGAACGGUGUCAAUGUGCCUUGAGAAAAAAUCUAUAGCGGGAUCUAGGUAAUCUAAAAGUAAUACAAGAC